AUGGGCAUAGAUCUUUGGAUAAGAUGUUUAGGCAACGACUCUUUGCUGCAGCCUCUGUGGGACAACCUGCGGAUCAAUUACAGAGACUAUUUGAGGUUUCCACUCUUCCCUAUUGUUCUGACUGUGUCUUCAUACUUUGUCUUCUGCCUUCCUUUCCUUUUUUGUGACAUAAUGGGUGAAAAAUGGGCAUUGGUGCAUCAAUUCAAGAUCCAACCCGGUCGAGGUCCCACAGCCUCUACACUGCUGCACUGUGCGGGUGUCACCUUCUACAACCAUAUGUUUCUUGUGCUGCCAGCGUCAGUGGCCCAGUGGGUAUGGAGGCCUCCGCUCGACCUGCCGGACCAGGCUCCAUCCCUGCUGGAGCUGACUGCCGGGGUGAUAGGCAACCUUCUGCUCUUUGACUUCCAGUACUUCAUCUGGCACCUGUUACAUCACAAGAUCCGCUGGCUGUAUGUCACUUUCCACGCCAUCCACCAUAACUACUCCUCACCCUUUGCUCUAGCCACCCAGUGUCUUGGUGGGUGGGAGCUGGUCACUGUAGGCUUCUGGACCACUCUGAAUCCUGUGGUCCUGAGAUGCCACCUACUCACCACAUGGACCUUCAUGGUGGUGCACGUCUACGUUUCCAUCGAAGAUCACUGUGGCUAUGAUUUCCCCUGGUCCACAUCACGUCUGAUACCCUUAAGCAUCUAUGGAGGGCCCAGCAAACACGAUGUGCAUCAUCAGAAACCCAACACUAAUUUUGCACCACAUUUUAGCCACUGGGAUAAAAUAUUUGGAACACAUGCUGAUUUCAGCUUCUCUACUGCUGUGAAGAAGAAAGCUGCAACACUUUAG